CCGUCCUCCACCCGGGCACUGCGCUCUUCAGCCUGGGCUCACCUUACCUUCCUUUCGUCCAGUUUACGACCGCCCUCCAUGGCGCCCACGCUCUCUGACACCAAGCUCACCUCAAUCCUCAGCUCAGUUCCCCCGCCCUCCCAGGAGUUCGUCAUGCAGCAGGUGCCCGACGUCUUUGUCCACCCGCCCGAAGAAGAGCACGAGCACAAUCCUCCGUGGUGCUACUUUGACGCCACGCAGGCCGCAAAGGACAGCCUCGACAUGGAGGCACUCGACGUCGCGCUCAGCUUUUGUCAGCAGACAGACAACCGCGCGCCCGCCUUCCGCCGUGCGUUCUCGAACGAGUCCCAAGAGACUGUCGUCAUGCCUCGGAGGAGCAUGAAGAACUUUAAGCUUCGUGCCGCAGACCUCGAGAUGGAAAUGGAGCUCGAGCCGGACGGCUUGGCGGACAUCCGGAGCAGGGGCAUUCGCAGGUACGACGACAUCGACGUCGUAGAAGUUGUGAAGUUCCGUCGGGACGAAGGCGGUGCGGACGUCGGUCAGGAGCGCAGCGUCAAGACGAAGAAGACGAGCACCUUCCGCGCACGAGCUACCCAAGCUCUGCGUUCGAUCAAGAACGUCGGGAAGGGAAACCGCGACCGGAGAGCGACGGUCAGCGCACCGCAACGGUCGUCUCAGGACCAGCACUUACCGCGAAGUCAAGACCAGAACCGGAAUGACGUGCAGGCCGCGACGCUCCAAUCACCGCGCUCAACCCAAGAGCCGUCCUCUUCGAGACCAACCUCCCCCUCGCUGUCACGGCGGAAGUCGCUUAACAUCGCACAGCUGUUCACCUCGUUCAAGGACAAGGAAAACCAGACGAGCCGACCCACAUCGCCUGCAGACGAGAUGAUGUCUCCGACAUCGCUUACACUCGUCGACUCGGACUCUCCUCCCUCCGCUCGUCCCCUGUCACCCGCCGAGUCUACCCUCUCACGGACACGGACACCGUCACCCUUUCUCGAGGACUUCUUGCCUUCAGAAGGUGCGCAAGCUCCGAAGAUCGAGAAGCGACGCUCGUUCGUCCGGAGGCUAUCCGUCCUAGAGCUUCAGAAGCUGUUUGGCAGUGGUGAUUCCAAUCCUACCUCGGCUCCGUCACAGUCUGCUGCCCCGGCGGGCUUGGACGACGUGUUCACCUCAUCUCGUUCACAUCCGGAAUCCAUAGACUCAGUAGCUAUCCUCUCUGCGUCGUCGUCACGGACAUCUACUGCGUCCUCAGGGGCUAUGUUUUCCCGGCCUUCUUCGAGCUCCCAAGUGACCCAGCAGACAACCGUAGAGGCAGACAGCGAUCUAGAGAUGCGGCUCGACUCGCUGCAUUUCGAUUCACUUCACUUUGACCCAGAAGAGGUCAUGAGUUUGCUUUGACGGAAUGGGUCCGCUAUUCACUUGUCCUCACACUAUCCGGAUUGUCUGUCGCGAGACUGACUGCCCAUAACCUCUCACCCCCGUCGUACAUGACCGUGGCAUCGCAUCUCACUCUACUUCACAUUGGCAGUUCCUAUCAUCAUUCUUUGCAUUUGAAACAACACCUC